AUGGCUGAGAAGACACUGGAGCCGGGCUCGGUCAGCAUCCCCAUGGAGGAGACCAAACUCCACGGCGGAGCACCUCAGGAGGCGCCACUGCUCACCCACCUGAAGAAAGUGGAGAACCACAUCACUGAGGCUCAGCGCUUCUCCCACCUCCCACGCCGCUCUGCCGUGGACCUGGAGUUCAAUGAGCUCUCCUACACCAUCCGCGAGGGUCCCUGGUGGAGAAGGAGAGGUUACAAAGCCCUCCUCAAGUGUCUGUCGGGAAGAUUCAACAGCAGAGAGCUGAUUGGCAUCAUGGGGCCCUCUGGAGCCGGGAAAUCUACCCUGAUGAAUAUUUUGGCGGGAUACAGGGAGACAGGCAUGAAGGGCCAGAUUCUGGUAAAUGGCCGUCCGAGGGACCUGAGGACCUUCAGGAAGAUGUCCUGCUACAUCAUGCAGGAUGACAUGCUGCUGCCACACCUCACCACAAGGGAGGCCAUGAUGGUUUCUGCCCAUCUGAAACUGAAUGAGAGCAUACAGGUCAAAAAAGAGCUUGUGGAUGAGAUCCUGACGGCUCUGGGUCUUCUGGAGUGUGCUCAGACUCGCACCAACUCUCUUUCUGGGGGUCAGUGUAAAAGACUGGCCAUUGCCCUCGAGCUGGUCAACAAUCCUCCUGUCAUGUUCUUUGAUGAACCCACCAGUGGUCUGGACAGCUCGUCCUGCUUCCAGGUCGUUUCCCUUAUGAAGUCCCUGGCUCAGGGAGGACGGACAAUCAUCUGCACCAUUCAUCAGCCCAGUGCCAAGCUCUUUGAGAUGUUUGAUAAGCUGUACAUCCUCAGUCAGGGCCAGUGCAUAUACAAGGGCACAGUCCCUUACCUCAUCCCCUAUCUGAAGAACCUGGGCCUCCACUGCCCGACGUAUCACAAUCCUGCUGAUUUCAUCAUUGAGGUGGCAUCAGGGGAGUAUGGGGACCUGAAUCCAGUGCUGUUUGAGGCUGUCCAGGGUGGACUGUGCUCCGAGGAGGGCAAGAAGAACUCCAAGAGUGACUCCUGUCCCUCUCAGUGUCACAGUUCUUUGUUCUUUCUGUGUUUUUUUCCACAGGACACAGGAACCCUUGAGAAACAUAGCUUUGCCACCAGUACAUUUACACAGUUCUGCAUCCUCUUCAAAAGAACCUUCAUUACAAUAUGCAGGGACACGGUCCUGACUCACCUCAGGGUGAUGUCCCAUCUGUCUAUUGGAGUGCUAAUUGGCCUGCUUUAUCUCAAAAUUGGAAAUGAUGCCAGCAAGGUCUUCAACAACACUGGCUUCCUCUUUUUCUCCAUGCUGUUCCUCAUGUUUGCUGCCCUGAUGCCCACUGUCCUCACCUUUCCUCUGGAGAUGUCUGUGUUUGUAAGGGAACAUCUCAAUUACUGGUACAGCCUAAAGGCCUAUUACUUGGCCAAAACCAUGGCUGACAUACCGUUCCAGGUGAUUUGUCCAAUCAUGUACUGUAGUAUAGUGUACUGGAUGACUGAACAACCACCGGAGGCAGGUCGCUACCUACUUUUCAUGGCCUUGUCCACAUCCACAGCCCUGGUAGCCCAAUCCCUGGGUCUGCUUAUAGGCGCUGCAUCAACAUCUCUGCAGGUGGCAACCUUUGUGGGUCCAGUCACAGCCAUACCUGUGCUCCUCUUCUCCGGUUUCUUUGUCAAUUUUGACACCAUUCCCAAAUACCUACAGUGGAGCUCUUAUGUCUCCUAUGUCAGGUAUGGCUUUGAAGGGGUGAUACUGUCCAUCUAUGGCAUGAACCGGUCAGAGCUGGAGUGUCCAGGCUUGGUGUGUAAGUUCCAAAAGCCAGAAGAAGUCCUGCAGCUGCUGGAUGUGGAGGAUGCAAAGCUCUACGUGGACUUCAUGGUGCUGGGGGUUUUCUUCCUGGUCCUCAGACUGGCUACUUACCUGGUCCUGCGCUACAAAGUUAAGUCAGAGCGUUAA